AUGGCGGCCGUGGGGCCGGGGCCCGGAGCCGGGCCCGGCGCGGAGGCCCUUGCCCUGGCCGCCGAGUUGCAGGGCGAGGCGACCUGCUCCAUCUGCCUGGAGCUGUUCUGCGAGCCCGUGUCCAUCGAGUGCGGCCACAGCUUCUGCCGCGCCUGCAUCGGCCGCUGCUGGGACCGCUCGGGGGCCACCUUGCUGAGCCCGGCCCCGCGGGUCCUGCCCUGCCCCCAGUGCCGGGAGCCCGCCCGGCCCAGCCAGCUGCGGCCCAACCGCCAGCUGGCCGGGGUGGCCGGCUUGCUUCGCCGCUACAGCCUCCCCGCGCCGGGGCAGGGCAGGGGCCGGGCCGGGCCCCAGGCGGCCGGCUGCGUCCAGCACGGGGAGCCGCUGAAGCUCUUCUGCCAGGACGACGGGCGGCCCAUCUGCGUGGUGUGCGACCGGGCUCGGGAACACCGGACCCACGCCGUGCUGCCGCUGGACGAGGCGGUGCAGGAGGCCAAGGAAUUGCUAGAAGCCCGGCUGGCCACCCUGAAGAAAGAACUGGAGGACUUUGAAGAAUUUAAAUCUACUGACGAGCAGGAGAGUCAAGCGCUGAUGAAACAGGUGGUUGCCGAGCGGGAGAGGGUGAUGGCCGAGUUCCAGGCGCUGCGGGCUUUCCUGGCGGAGCAGGAGAGCCGGCUGUUGGGGCGAUUAGAGGCCCUGGCCCGGGAGGUGGCCCGGCGCCAGGGUGAGAAUCUGGCCCAGCUCGGCGGCGAGAUCGCUCUGCUCACCAAGCUCGUCAGCGAGAUGGAGGAGACCGCCUGCAAGCCUGACCUCGACUUUCUCCAGGAAGUCAAGAGCACCUUAAGCAGGUGUGACAACGUCCCAGGCCCGAAGCCUUCCUCCGUGUGCUCCGAGAUGAAGAGUAAGGUCUGGAACCUUUCCCUCAAGACCUUUGUCCUGAAAGGGCUGUUGAAGAAAUUCAAAGAGGAUCUGCAAGGGGAACUGGAAAAAGAGGAGAAAGUGGACCUGACGCUGGACCCCGAGACGGCCAACCCCCGCCUCAUCCUGUCCCUGGAUCUCAAGAGCGUCCGCUUGGGCCCCAAACCCCUGGAUGUCCCGCCCAGCGCCCGCCGUUUUGACACCAACACCCGCGUCCUGGGCGCCCGCGGGUUCACCUUGGGGCGUCAUCACUGGGAGGUGGAGGUGGGCUCGGCCGACGGCUGGGCCUUCGGGGUGGCCCGCGAGUCCGUCCGCCGCAAGGGCCUGACGCCGUUCACCCCCGAGGAGGGCAUCUGGGCCCUCCAGUUGAACGGCGGCCAGUACUGGGCCGUGACAUCUCCCGAGCGCACCCAGCUGAGCCCCGGCGGCCGGCUGAGCCGGGUCCGCGUCUACCUGGACCUGGAGGCCGGGGAGGUUUCGUUCUACUCGGCCGAGGAGAUGAACCACAUCUACACCUUCCACGUGCCCUUCCAAGAGCGGGUCUUCCCGCUCUUCUCCGUCUGCUCCACCGGGACCUACCUGCGCAUCUGGCCUUGAGGGGUGGGAUGGUCCGUCCUCUGCCCGGCCUCUUUCUGGGACCCCCCCCCCCGAUGGUGUGUCCCGUCCCUCCCAUUUCUCCUCUCCCCCCCGACCCCACCACCCCCGGCUUGUGGAUGGAGGAGGAGCCGGCAUCAGGCUCGGUGUCCCGGCUCCUGGGCCUUGGCAGAUGGAUCGGAGGAGCCUCUGACUUGACUUUUUUUUUUUUUUGGCCGUCGUGCACUUUGGCCAGUUCACGACAGGUGCGGUGACAAAUCCCAGAGGUCACCAGUGCCCGCGGCUUGGGACCCACACAAUCGACACUCACGCUCACGGAUGAACUGCUGAUGCCCAUGCUCGCACCAACACACAGGUGCACAGUCGACACCCACGCUUGCACCGGUAUUUGGUUUCAUAGAUGACCUAGACAUAUCUGAGGGUGUGUCGGUUGUGUAUCUGUGUGUUGUCAUAAACCCACAUGCUGACAUAGACCACUCUCAGAAUGUAGGUACACAAUGACAGAGGUACACAACUGACACACCCUCACACUCCCACAUUAUUAUUUAGAUACACACCUGACACAUUCUCACACCAGCACACAGAUCCACAAACCCACUCACACAGCAUUUGUUUAUACAGUUGCGUGUACACUUUAAAAUGCAUCAACAUGGACUCACCUCAGCAUUCAAAUCCACUCAGUUCUCCUACGAUGCUGAAGAAAACUUCAGUUGUAGUAUGCGUGCCUUGAUGGCUCCCAGGCACACCACCAUUACUCCCGACAGCGCACCGUGUUCUAUCCAGAUAGACACGUGUUGUCCGAAGACCGCUCCGUAGUGGCAUUGGAGCCAAGAUAUGUAAGAGAAGCAGCAUGGCAUAGUGGUUACAGCAUGGCCUGGGAGUUCGAAGGUCAUAGGUUCUAAUCCCAGC